AUGACCCAUAAAGCCAGCAUGAAGAGAAGGUUUGAGACCAUAUGUGAAGGCAUCAUAAGGUCAGGGACUCAAACACUCCUGAACAAGAUCUACACAGAGCUCUACAUCACAGAGGGAGAGAGUGAAGGGGUGAAUAAUGAGCAUGAGGUUUGGCAGAUAGAGUCUGCAUCCAGACCACGAACUACAGAAGACACAGCAAUCAACUGUAAUGAUAUCUUCAAGCCCAUACCUGGACAAGAGAGACACAUCAGAACUGUCAUGACCAAGGGGAUUGCUGGCAUUGGAAAAACUGUCUCAGUGCAGAAGUUCAUCCUUGACUGGGCAGAGGACAGAGCUAACCAGGAUAUAGAUUUCAUGUUUGUGCUUCCGUUCCGUGAGCUGAAUUUGGUCCAACAUGAUCAGUACAGUCUUCACAGGCUCCUGCUUGACUUCCACCCUGAGCUUAGAGAGCUACAAGAUGGUGAAUACAAAGAUCGCCACAUUGUGUUCAUUUUUGAUGGUCUGGAUGAGAGUAGACUUCCACUGAAUUUCCAAGAGAAUCAGAAGUUGUCUGAUGUGACAGAAACAUCAUCAGUAGAUGUGCUGAUGACGAGCCUCAUUCAGGGAACUCUGCUUCCCUCUGCUCUCCUUUGGAUAACCUCCCGACCAGCAGCAACCAGUCAGGUCCCUUCUCAGUGCAUCAGUCAGGUCACAGAAGUACGAGGAUUCAAUGACCCACAGAAGGAGGAGUACUUCAGGAAGAGAGUCAGUGACCAGAAUCAAGCCAACAGAAUCAUCUCACACAUUACGGCAACCAGGAGCCUUCACAUCAUGUGCCACAUGCCAGUCUUCUGUUGGAUCUCAGCCACUGUCCUUCAGAAAAUACUGGAACAGGAUGAUGGGAAGGAAGCCCCCAAAACUCUGACUGAGAUGUUCACACACUUUCUGCUCAUCCAGACCACCAGGAAGAACCAGAAGUAUCAAGAGGAAAGUGAGACAGAUAGACUGAGGCUCCUAGAAUCACAUAAGGGUGUCAUAUUGAAACUAGCAGAGCUGGCUUUCAAGAAUCUGGAGAAUGGCAAUCUCAUGUUCUAUGAGGAAGACCUGAGAGAGUGUGGCAUUGAUGUCAGUGAAGCUUCAGUGUACUCUGGCAUGUGCACUGAGAUCUUCAGGGAGGAAUGUGUGUUUCACCACAAGAAGGUGUACUGCUUUGUCCAUCUGAGCAUCCAGGAGUUUCUUGCUGCACUUCAUUUGUUUUCCUCCUACUUGAGUAAGAACAUUGAGGUCCUGAAAUCAUUUGUUAGCACAAAGUCCUGGUCUUUACCAGAUGUGCCUCUCGAUGAGCUGCUGAAGAAUGCUGUGAACAAAGCUUUAGAAAGCAAGAAUGGACACCUUGAUUUGUUUGUUCGCUUUCUUCAUGGCAUUUCUCUGGUGUCAAAUCAGAGCCUUUUGCUAGGCCUCCUGACACACACACACAGCAGCCCAGAGAGUGUGAAGAAAACAUUGAGGAACCUGAAGGUGAUGCAGAGACAAAAUAUCUCCCCUGAGAGGUGCAUCAACCUGUUCCACUGCCUGGUGGAAAUGCAUGACUCUUCUGUCCAUGAUGAAAUCCAGGCUUUCCUGAAGGCAGAGAAAGGUGCCGUGAAACAGCUCACACUGGCUCACUGCUCAGCCUUGGCUCAUGUGCUUCUGAUGUCUGAUGAGGUGCUGGACGAGUUUGACCUGAAGAAAUACAAAACCUCAGAUGAGGGACGGAGGAGACUGGUGCCAGCUGUGAGAUGCUGCAGAAAGGCUCUACUUGUUGACUGUAAGCUAACAGAGAAGUCCUGUGAGAUUGUGAUCUCAGCUCUGCAGUCUGCAAACUGCCCCUUAAGAGAGCUGGACCUGAGUCAGAAUGACCUGCAGAAUUCAGGAGAAAAACUGCUCUCUGCUCUACAGAGUCCAAACUGCAAACUGCAGACACUGAGGCUUGCAGGCUGUGGACUCCAUAUGAAAUCUGGUGACAUUUUGGGCUUCGCUCUGCAGUCAGUAAACUCUCGCCUGAGAGAGCUGGACCUGAGUAAGAAUACUCUGGGGGAUUGUGGAGGAAAGCUGGGCUCUGAAGCACUGAAUCCACACUGUAAGAUGGAGACACUUAGACUUGCUGACUGUAAACUAACUGAAAAGUCCUGUGAGAUUGUGAUCUCAGCUCUGCAGUCUUCAGACUCCCCCUUAAGAGAGCUGGACCUGAGUCAGAAUGACCUGCAGAAUUCAGGAGAGAAGCUGCUCUCUGCUCUACUGAGUCCAAACUGCAAACUGGAAACACUGAGACUUGCUGGCUGUAAGCUAACAGAGAAGUCCUGGGAGAUUAUGGCCUCAGCUCUGCAGUCUGCAAACUGCCCCUUAAGAGAGCUGGACCUGAGUCAGAAUGACCUGCAGGUGUCUGGAGAAAAACUGGUCUCUGCUUUACAGGGUUCAAACUGCACACUGCAGACACUGAGACUUGUUGGCUGUAAACUGAGGGGAAGAUUUCUGGCCUUGGCCCACCAGGGGGCAAACUCCCACCUGAGAGAGCUGGACAUGAGUGACAGUGAGCUUGAGGACCAUGGAGGAGAACUGCUCCAUCAACCACUGAAUGCACACAGACUGGUAUUUCUGCUUGAAGUAAUAAACGGCUAA